CAAGCAAAAAACCCAAAAAAACCUCCAAACAAAUAAAAAACCCAACCAACCAAACAAAAACCAACCAACCAACCAAACAAACCAAAAAAAAAAAAACGCCAAAAAACUAUGUUGAUUGUGACAGAACUUUACAAUCUAAAAGGAACUGCUCUGGCUGAGCUGCACAACCCUAGGGUGCCACUUCACACUGGCGUCUACCAGAAUUUGGUGUUCUUUAAAACUGACAGAGCUCAGAUUCCUGUCUGGAGGGUUUUGUGCAUACCACAUACAUACCUUUUGAAAAUACACAUUUUAGUAGUCUGUGGUAUCCAUGAUCUUAGAAAUCUGAAUUAAAAGCACCCUCUUCUCCUUUCCUUUGAAAGUAUUUAAAAAUAGGAAGCUGGAUGAAAAGUUCCUUGUUUUUGGAAAGGUUGUGCCAGUGUUAACACAUUAUUAAUUUAGUUAGCUGCAGAGCUGCCACAUUUCUCCAAGUCUCACUUAUUUCCAGACUACAGAAAGUGUCACCAAAAGUUUUAUAAAUAUACUCCUUUAAUGAUAUUUUAUUUCAAGCCCAUUUUACUGUAAUAUCUUGGUAGCUGAAUUUGGAUGUUCUUUUUUAAACUGGCUAAUAAAUGAGGGCUGACUGACAGCUCUUUUAAUUAAUUUAUUAAUUUAUAAAUACUACAUGAUUUGUAUCUUCCUGCUGAUUUUUGGAGUGCUAAUAUGUAUCCUGCAAACCUAGCCAGGAAAGCUAACCCUGCUAGGGGUGAGUGGUCUUGAGGGUAGUGCAUAAUUAGGCCAGUAAUUUGGAAAGCCUGUCUUGGGCUUGAACUUGUUGCACGGGUGCUAUCUGUGGCUCUUGUGUUUUAAGAAUUGUGUGUUAUUACUGUACUUGGGGUGGGUUUUAUCUCGCUUAUCUUUAGAUGUCCAAGUCUGAGGCAGUUCCCUUGGUCCUUGUGUAAUUACUGACUAGAGUUAGGCACUCUUGGGCUGUAUCUCAUCUAAGCAACUGGAGGAAUCUAUUUUAGAUUGAGAUGAAUCACCCUAGAACUGUUUUGUUUCAUCUAGCCAAAUGUAGGAAUCUAUUCUGGGGAAAGAUGAAUCACCCUAGAAAUGUCUUCCUCCUCCAAGGGGGACCAGAAUGGCUGCUUCAGAUGUGGACACCAUUACUGGUUCAGAUGAAUCUCCUCUUUUAUGGCUGGUGCAGUUUGGCCAUAAACCUUUUCUAAAAGCUUGUGUUUGCUUAGGAAUUGAAAACCUUAAAACUGUUGGCAGUGAAAACAGCUCAGGAAUGUGGCAUGGGAUUAGAAAAUAUUAUUGUCAGUAAUUGUAAAAAUGUGGAGUCUCCCAAGCCUUGUUUCUCAAUGCAUUGCACGGGAUUGACACAGAAACUUUGCUGACACAGGAAUAUGGCUGAUUUUGUUUGUCUUUGCAUCUCCUCCCCAAAGAGCAGUUUCGUGCAGUUCCUUGGCAGUUGUUCCCUUCUUUGCCAACCCCUUGGGGACUCUAAUUAUUAUUACUUUUCCAUGUAAAAAAACCACAGGAGUAGGGGGUGCUCUUGUUAUGAGAAAUAUAUAUUGAUAAUCAUCCCUUAAAUAUUUUGUUUGCCCAGUUAUGAAAUACACUAAAAUGGAUGUUCAAGUAACAGUUUUUCAUUUCAUAUACACUUACUGGGUAGGAGCUAUUUUUCAUAUGUGUUUGUACUGUUUGGAUGGUCUUUGCUUUUUCACAAAAGGAAUUAUUCCAGUAGGGGAAUUCCUGUAUUAUUCUCAUUAUUUUCAUCUGUACCAAUGUGUAUAAUAUGCUUUAAAAAUAUUUUUGAUUUUUAAUAUAGGUAAGCAUAGAGGCUUAAUGCUGAGAGACAGACAUAAUUAUAAUAGACAUGUAUUUGAGGAACUGUUCACUUGCCAUUAAAAUCUGGUUAUCAGUAUUCCAGGGCAUGAGCAAUGGAAUGAACAGUAAUAAAAAUAUCAUUUCUCAGCUGGAAUUUUAUUUGGCUUGCAAACCAGACUAGUGUGAGUAACAGCCUUUAGGGUGGUAAAACAAAACAUCUCUAGUUGACUUAAACUAUUUCUAGUAGUGUUUAGAAUUCACUAAUGAUUUUGGUUUUAUAGAAACAUCAACUUGUAAUAAAGAUUGGUCUUUCUGGAUAUUAUUUCUCAUAAAGCGAGUGUGCUAUGAAAUCAGGAAUUAUUUCAGUUUGCUUCAUGUGUGUUUAGAGGUGUUUGUUGUGAUGCCAGUGGUAUGAAAAUAUUCACAGAAAAUGCAAGUAUAAGAAAUUCAGCCAGGUGCUCAAAUGACAGGUAAAAAUCCAACUUUUUCUGAUCAUAGAAGCCCAUCCUGGUUAUUGGGGUACAUUCUAGACCAUUCUCUUUGUGAACCUAAAGAUUGUUAAAUCCUUUAUUCAGCUCUCCCAAAGUGGUGUAACCAGAGAGGGAAAGAAAUCUUUCAUCACAGCCUGCACAAGGUUGGGACACUCAAGGGAGAGAGUGAGCACCCUGGCAUCAGCCAGUAUCAUAAUGAUGGCUGUUAUGGAGCCCUCAGAGAUUAUUUUCUAUCACCCUUCCUGACUUCUCAAAGCUGCCUUGGCUUUAGGAACUGUUUCUGCCCACUUCUUGCUCAGUGAGUGAUAGGUAUUAAAAAGAUUUGCUCUCUUCUGUUAAACUCCACAUAAUCACUGUUCAGCUAUGCUUGGUUGUUCUGAAGCUUUACAUCUAUUUCUCUGUUUAUUUUCUUUUGCGUUGUUGAUGGGGGUUUGGGUUUGAUUCAUGGAUUUUUUAAGAAUAUAUAUAUAUAUAUAUAUAAAUGUAUGUAUGUAUGUAUAAAGAAUAUAAGCUGCAUGCUGAGCAUGUCAGGGAUCAGUACAGAUUCUUAACCUUACAUUUUUGUCCAAAGAUCAGCCACCCAUCGUACUGGCAUUUAGUUUGUCCCAGGGAUAGUUUAGGAUAGUUAAGGAUUCAGUUUAUCACCUAAUAAUUGUACUGUAGAAGUUCUUAAUAGGUCACUGUUACUGGUAAUCUGAACAUAUUUUGUUUUCUCACUUAAGAAUAACGAAAAUGGGUGUUGUUAGUAAAGGUAGAAGAGAUAAGUGCAAUAUUCAGAAAUUGUUGCUUGGGUGUGAGGGAAAAAAACUAGUUGUUUAAUAAUAUUGACGAUAAAUUGGAAAACCUGUAAAAGAGGCCUUGGAUUUUGUUCCUUUAAAGGGAAGUGUUUGGAAAGCAGACUGGCCAUCUGUGUGCAGAGCAGUAUUUAGGUCAGUGGGUCUGUGCUGUCCUGCUUUGUUCCAGGACUAAGGGAUCUGUUAUGCUGAAGGCAUUCUGGUCUUCGAACCAUGUAGGUUGCUGUUUAAUAAGUUCUCCGUGGAUGGGAGCCCGUGCGUGGCCUGUGGAGGGCCCAGCCUCAUGAACCCAGUCACUAAGGCUGCCACCACCACUUCUUUCAAUGCUGCCGUGCCUGACAUUCCAAGGAAACGCAAGGGAAGUGAUUCUGAUAACCAGGAUACAGUUGACGUUGAUGGUGAGCCUCAGAAAAGGAGUGAAGAUGAAGAACAUGUUAAAGUAAAAGAUUUCAGAGAGGCUCACAGUCAGACAGAGAAAAGAAGAAGAGACAAAAUGAAUAAUCUGAUAGAGGAAUUGUCUGCCAUGAUACCACAGUGCAAUCCCAUGGCCCGAAAGCUGGACAAACUCACAGUGCUACGGAUGGCUGUGCAGCACUUGAAGUCUUUAAAAGGUUCCAGUAGCUCCUACUCAGAAGUCCGAUAUAAACCUUCAUUUUUGAAGGAUGACGAACUGCGACAGUUAAUCCUUAGGGCUGCAGAUGGAUUCCUGUUUGUGGUUGGAUGCAACAGAGGAAAAAUUCUGUUUGUCUCUGAAUCAGUUUGCAAAAUACUGAAUUAUGAUCAGGCCAGUUUAAUUGGACAAAGUUUAUUUGAUUACUUACAUCCAAAAGAUGUUGCAAAAGUUAAGGAGCAACUUUCUUCAUCGGAUGUCUCACCUAGGGAGAAGCUCGUAGAUGGCAAAACUGGCUUGCAAGUACACACAGAUUUCCAAGCUGGACCGGCUCGGCUGAACUCUGGUGCUCGACGUUCCUUCUUCUGUCGCAUAAAGUGUAGCAGGACCACAGUCAAAGAGGAGAAGGAUUGUUUGCCCAACCCAAAGAAGAAAGAUCACAGAAAAUACUGCACCAUUCACUGUACUGGGUAUUUGAAGAACUGGCCUCCUAAUGAGGUGGGAGUAGAAGAGGAAAAUGAUGUAGAAAAGGACAGUAGUAACUUUAACUGUCUUGUUGCCAUUGGGAGGUUACACCCUUAUAUUGUUCCACAAAAGAGUGGAGAGAUAAAAGUCAAAGCAACAGAAUUUGUUACACGAUUUGCCAUGGAUGGAAAAUUUGUUUAUGUAGAUCAGCGCGCAACAGCAAUUUUAGGGUAUCUGCCACAAGAGCUUCUAGGAACUUCUUGUUAUGAGUACUGCCAUCAAGAUGAUCACAAUCACCUAGCUGAAAAACACAAAGAAGUGUUGCAGAACAAAGAAAAAGUAUUUACAAAUUCCUACAAAUUUAGAGCAAAAGAUGGGACUUUCGUUACUUUAAAGAGUCAGUGGUUUAGUUUCAUGAAUCCUUGGACCAAAGAGCUGGAGUACAUUGUAUCAAACAACACUGUGGUAUUAGGUCAUAAGGAAUCAGCUGAAGAGGAGGUCCUCUACAGUUCCCAACCUGCAGAAGAUGCUGUAAAACAGUCUUUAGUAAGUGUACCUGGAAUGUCCUCUGGAACAGUUCUUGGUGCUGGAAGUAUAGGAACCGAAAUUGCAAAUGAAAUAUUAGAAUUACAAAGGUUGCAUUCUUCACCCUCUGGAGAGUUAAGUCCGUCACAUCUCCUGAGAAAGUCACCUUCUCCAGCUUUAACUAUAAACUGCAGUGAUGUGCCAAAUAAAGAGUUGAUUCAGUUAUGUCCUUCAGAAACAGAAGCUCUGGAGAAUUCAGAACAAACCCAGGGUGCUAUUCCAUUUCCCAGUAACGAACCUCUCCUCAGUGGCAAUUCUCAGCUGGACUUCGAUGCCAUCUGUGAGAACGAUGACACUGCGAUGACAGCUCUGAUGAAUUAUCUGGAGGCUGACGGAGGCCUGGGAGACCCAGCUGACCUCAGUGAUAUCCAGUGGGCUCUCUAGAGCUGCUUCCGGGAGUAAGGAAAGUCAGAAACCUCUCAUGCACAACAACCCUACAUCCUCAGUACUGUAUUGGAGUUUUCUAAUGGUUCCUUUGAAUUCAGACUUGCUGUCUCUGGAUUUUUAAGACGGGAGCCUUGUUCAGAGAGAGACAUCUUCUGCUGCACUUACGGACAAAUGCAAUAUUUUUUUCAUGAUGAGGAAACCUUGAAAUUUUAAUAUUGAACCAUCUGUAACUGGAAUGCUUAGAACAAUUUAGUAUAUUUUUGCUAAGAAGCUUUAACCAAAAGGUACUGUACAAUGUACAGGAUUACUUUUUCUUAGUUUUAAUACUUCAAACUUUUAUUUAUUGUUUUUUGUUUCAAGUUGCAGAAUAUUAGUUAUCCAUAUUACUUUCUGUAGAACCUACUGUACUUAUAUGGUUUGAGAAUAUUUGUAACUAUUAAAUUUAAUUGAAAUAAUUUGCACACACUACAGUUGUAAAAUAAGGUAUUUUAAUUCUCAAAUGAUGCAGUUUGUGAUUCCUUGCACUUCUCAGCAGUGCAAUUUUUGCAGUCAAAGGUGAAAAUGAAGCCUACAGUUCUGGGAGCAAGGAUUGGGGUUGGAUCACCCUAAUAAACAGAAGAUAAUGUUUUUCUCAAAACACUCGUUUUCCCAGUACACAAACAUGAGAAGGGAAUAAGAAAAGAGCAACAAACUUAAUUACUGUUUUGUAUUAUUUUUAAUGUAUUAUUAGAGAGGCAGUGCAUAGAACCAGAGGAAAAUAAUGCUCUAUUUGUAAUAAAGCACUUUGGUCUUGUCCCAGGUUCUUUACUAACUAGAGAAGUGUGAAUGGAUAGUCUUGGUUCCAGAGUGAGGCUUGCACUGUCUGUUGGUGAAAAAUUGUUAAAAGUCUAGAGCUUCUUUUAUGUUUUUGGAGAGAUUGGAGAAUUUUCUACUGCUUGAGUGCGUGACUUUUUAAAAUCUCUCUGUACUAUAGCUUUGUAAGUAAAUGCUAUGCAGGAUGAUCUUUUGGGAACAGCUUUUGCAAGGAUUGUAUUGCAAGGAUUGUAUCCCAGUUACAGCAAAAUGACUCAAGAACAUGGCACUUUAGGGGUUGCAUUAGAACAACAUAGCACUAACAUAGCAAGAGGAUCUUUUAUCUCUGGUAUUGAAGGUUUAAACAAACUUUUGCAUAGAUUAUAUAUUAUAAAAUUACAGAUUUUUUCAUGUUUUCUUCGUGUUUGGGUUUUGGUUUUUUUAAUUCAGGUAAUGAAAGGAAAGCAUUUGAAGAUACAUGUCUGAUACAUGUGCAUCUUUUUAAUACAGGCAUUUAAAUGUAGGUACAACCCAAACCUCUCUCACUCCAGGUGAGGAUGGCAGCCUAGGCUGGUGUUUCUAGGAAGGCUGGAGUUGGGAACAGAUGGAUGUGGCUGUCACUAGAUGUCAUCCUUGUGCUGCUGGGGAGCCACCCUGUCCUCAUGAGGACACAAUCUAGAAGUGAAGUGGCUUCCUCUGCUUGACAGAGCAUAUUAUAGAUAAUAUGACUCUUUUGGCAAACGAUGUGGUUUUGAUGAUGGUGAUUUGCUAGAAUGGCUUCUUGGAUUCAUUUUUUUUCCUUUUUUUAACUCCAUAGACUUUAUUUUUUUCUUUUUUUUUUUUUUUUGCAUUUAAUUUGGAUGUCAUUUCCUGCAUUCAGAUCUCUUUUUUACAUACAUGGGGCCAAAAUCAUCAGUUCUCUUGCUUUAUAAGAAUAAACUUUUCUGCUUUUUCUGAAUUUUGGGCUAUAUAAUGGAGCAAAAUGGAAGAAAUAAACAGGCACUUUUUAAGAACUGAUAGAUAUCUAUUUGUGUAAAUGAAAUUUGAGAUUCUGCCAUUGUAAAGUGCAUUUUCUCUUUUCUAUUCUAGAAGUAAAUUCUAAAUAAACCAGCAAAUACUGUAGCUCAUAGAGAAAUGACUACACAAAUAACUUAAAAUUAUACAGACUUUAUUAGAACAGUUUUUUUAACUGGAGUAGUUUGGAAACGUGGCAGCUGUUGUUACUGCAGGAGCAAAUUAAUUCUUUCACAAGAUUUAUAUAAGUGUCUAGACUCAAACCUCUUUUUUUGGAUUCUUGGCUAUCCCUAAAAAAUAAAACCAAAAAUGUAACUUUGAUUCUUUUGCAGUCGAUGACAAAUAUUGUGACUUUCAAUUAAUUUAUUAGAUUUUCCCUUUACUAUUUGUAAUUUUUUUUUUCUGGCUUAAAGCAGCCUUUUCGAGAAAAAGUGUCACUUGUAAAUAUUUCUGGUUAAAUUAAUAGAUAUUUUUGAAUACAAUUGAGAUAGUAUGUGCUUAUCUUUGUUUGUAUAACAACACAAUUCUAGUAAGAUACUGACAGUUUGUUCCUGGCAUGGUGCAGGUAAUGGUAGGAUGUUGUUAAACCAGGUCAAUAAAUACUGUUUUGAUGCCCUGC